UUGGUACUAUUUUGAUAUGUUUAAUAAACACUGAUAUGUCAGAAUGUGUUCGAAUUCGCUGCAUAAUUUCUUUAAAUAUAAGUCGAGUAAAUGUCUAUAACAGUGUCAUUGUGCGUUCUUAAAAUUGAGAUUCGGGACGAUGUUUUAGAAAAUCAAUGUUGUGAGGGUGCAAUGUCGACUGACAAUAGCAAUUCUGUGGGUGAUCAGCGUAAACCUUAUGAUAUAACAGUUGAGACGUAUGCUAGUAAAUUGGCUGGAAAAGUAGAUAAAACUUUACCUACAAGCUCUAGAGAUACAACACCUUUACGAGAUAAAGAUGCUAUAGAAGAAAUUGGAGUGUUCUCAGGAAAUCCUUUUGUCGAAGUUACUAAGGGUGUACUUCAUCUUUAUAAAGAGGAUACAUUAACAGAGUCUACACAAGGGCCAUCAUUGUGUAUUUGUUUACUAGCAGUACCAGCAACUCUAUCAUGUCAUGAUUUAAUUGAAUUUACCGCAUCUUGCCAUGCUAAUAUACAGCAUAUUAGAAUAGUCAGAGAUAAUUCUCCUAAUCAGUAUACAGCUGUAAUUACAUUUAGAAAUACUAAUGCAGCAAUGGAAUUUUACAAAACUUAUAAUGGGGCACCUUACAAUAGUUUGGAGCCUACCUCUGUCUGUCAUGCUGCUUGGGUGUCAAAAGUUGAAUGGUCAUAUGAUAACCUUCCGCCUCCUGGUCAUACAGAAUUACCUUUGUGUCCAGUUUGCUUAGAAAGAAUGGAUGAAAGUGUUGAUGGAGUUCUUACAAUUUUAUGCAAUCAUUCUUUCCACUCUGGUUGCCUAAGCAAGUGGGGUGAUUCAACUUGUCCGGUUUGUAGAUGUGUUCAAACACCCGAGUUAACUGAAAGUUCCGAAUGUAUGCAGUGUGGCGGUACUGAAGCACUGUGGAUUUGUUUGAUUUGUGGCCAUGUUGGCUGUGGAAGAUAUCAAGGUGGUCAUGCUGCAACACAUUUCUGUACAUCAAAUCACACAUAUGCUAUGCAGUUAGGCACGAAUCGGGUUUGGGAUUAUGCAGGAGAUAAUUUUGUGCAUAGGUUGUUGCAGAAUAAAGGCGAUGGUAAAUUAGUUGCAUCGGCUGGUAAUCAAGAUCCAGAUAAGAUGGAUUCUUUGCAACUAGAAUUUACGCAUACAUUAACAUCUCAGCUUGAGGCGCAAAGAGAAUAUUAUGAAGAAAAAUUACUCAGAGUUGAAAAAUCAUCAAAAUUAGAAAUGGAUGAUUUGAAAUUAAAAGUAGAGGAUUUGAAUAUUAAAGUUGAAUCUCAAUCGACUGGUUUGCAAAUUGCUUAUAAAGAAAAAAAUUUUUUGGAAAAGAAACUUGCUCAAACAAAUGCAAAACUUGUGAGUUGUCAAUCUGAGCUUACAGAAGAAAGACACAUUUCAAAUGCUUUGAAGAAAAAUCAAAAGGAGUGGCAGUUGAAAGUACUCGAUUUAGAAAAACGUUGUGAAGAAAAAGAAAAAGAGGUUAAAGAUUUAAAAGAACAGGUUCGGGAUUUAAUGUUUUAUAUGGAUGCUCAAAAUGUAAUAGCAAAAAGUGAUAAUCGACAUGAAAUACAAGAAGGAACUGUUUCAAUAGGACCAUCUCCAUCUGACAAAACCAAAAAAAAUAAACAUCGUAAACAUAACCAUUGAAGGUGGUUAUAUUGUUACGUGUGGAACUUUUAUGAACAGUUAUAUAAUAAUCAUAGGAAAAUCGUUGAAACCGUACUUACAGUAUAUGAUA